AUAUCUUUACAAGAAAGUAUCGAUGUUGUUAUCGAAAAAAGUCAUGAGUUACAAGGUUCUUUACUUGCUAUACAAAAAGAAAUAACCGAGUUUCAGCCUAAAUGUGAAUUAUGUGAUAAUCUUAAAGCUCAGUUUGAAAAAAUUAAAUCUGCGGUUAAAAUCAAAAAAAAUCAAAAUUUAUACAAUGCUGUCAUGUCUAUGAAGAAGGAUAGUGAAGAGUUCAAGGAUAAAUAUUAUAAGUUAAACACUAAGUAUAACAAAAUGGUCGAACUAUAUGAAGAAAUCACAGACUAA